GUAUUUGCUGUAGGCAUUUAAACGAUUUAAACACUGCAAAACACGGGCAGAUAUUUUAUAAUUGUAUAAUUCGUAUAAUUGUAUAUCUUGUAUAUAUUGCAAAGAAAUUAAAAAAAACUAAUUGAUUCGCAAAAAUCUUAUAUUAAUAUGGGAACUAGUACUGAAUUUGGUCCUGAUUCAGGAGGGAGGAUAAAGGGUCUCACUAUUAUAAAACCUAUAAUUUAUGGAAAUAUUGCUCGUUAUUUUGGUAAAAAACGUGAAGAAGAUGGUCACACGCAUCAGUGGACAGUAUACGUGAAACCAUAUAAUAAUGAAGAUAUGUCGACGUAUGUUAAGAAAGUACAUUUCAAAUUACACGAGAGUUACAAUAAUCCAAACAGAAUUGUCACAAAGCCUCCUUAUGAAUUAACAGAAACAGGCUGGGGUGAAUUUGAAAUUGUCAUUAAAAUCUAUUUUCACGAUGCAAAUGAACGACCGGUGACGAUAUAUCAUAUUCUGAAAUUAUUUCAAUCAACAUCUGAAAUUCAGUUGGGAAAAAAGAGUUUGGUGUCUGAAUUUUAUGAAGAAAUAAUAUUUCAAGAUCCAACUGCUCUUAUGCAACAAUUAUUAAGUUCAACAAAACCUAUGACUUUAGGAGCUUGGCGCCAUGAAACAGAUUUUGAAGCUAAAAAGGAAUACACUUUAAAAGCAAUUAUGGAAGCAAGAAACAAAGUCAGAGGAGAAGUUGGUGAAUUAAAAGAAAAAUUGACACUUGCCAGAGAAACAAUUGCAAAGUUCAAAGAGGAAAUAUCGAAAGUUUCAAAAACAAGUGGUGCCCUUACGGUCUCGUAAUACAACUUCUUAUUAUUUUUAUAAAUUGACAUAAGUAUUAUAAUUUUUUUUACUUUUAUAUUAAAAGUAUUGAGAAAAAAUUA